AUGCGGUGCUAUCACUGGCGAAGCUUUGGCGAUGCCGCGAGGUCGAGCUGUCGCGCUGUUGCAGGAUGGGACGAGAGCAAGCGGCGAGGAGGGUCUUAUCACGCGCAAAAGCCGGCGGGGGGCGAUGUGAUGACAAAUGGCGACGCGGUUCAUGGGCGAGGAGCAGGCUUUAGCAACGGAAGCAAAGGCGAAUCUGGGGAGAAAAAAGGCGGCACUUCGUAG